UGCUCCAUCGAGGACCCCACCAAGCAGACCAAGUUCAAGGGCAUGAAGAGCUAUAUCGCCUACAAAUUGGUGCCCAGCCACACGGGGCAGCAGGUGCACCGCCGCUACAAGCACUUUGACUGGCUCUACGGGCGCCUGGCCGAGAAGUUCCCUGUCAUCUCUGUGCCCCACUUGCCAGAGAAGCAGGCCACCGGCCGCUUUGAGGAGGACUUCAUAUCCAAACGUCGCAAAGGCCUGGCCUGGUGGAUGGACCACAUGUGCAGCCACCCUGUGCUGGCUCAGUGCGAUGCCUUCCAGCACUUCCUCACCUGUCCCAGCACGGAUGAGAAGGCCUGGAAACAAGGCAAGCGCAAGGCUGAGAAGGAUGAGAUGGUGGGUGCCAACUUUUUCCUGACCAUCAGUGUCCCCACAGGCCCUGGGGCCAUCCUGGACUUGCAGGAGGUAGAAAGCCAGGUGGAUGGCUUCAAAGCCUUCACAAAGAAGAUGGAUGAGAGCGCCCUGCAGCUUAAUCACACAGCCAACGAGUUUGCCCGCAAACAAGUCACUGGUUUCAAGAAGGAAUACCAGAAGGUGGGGCACUCCUUUAAGUGCCUCAGUCAGGCCUUUGAGCUGGACCAGCAGGCCUUUUCGGCUAGCCUCAACCAAGCUAUAGCCUUCACUGCAGAAGCCUACGACGCCAUCGGGGACCUCUUUGCCGAUCAGCCCCGGCAGGACCUAGAUCCUGUAAUGGAUUUGUUAGCGCUGUAUCAGGGGCAUUUGGCCAACUUCCCAGACAUCAUCCAUGUCCAGAAAG